AAAUGGGGAACGGGGCUGCGGGAAACGAGGAGCGGGCCCGGGGCUACCGGGGAACAGGCCCGAGGCACCCCGAAAAGGGAACGGGUCCUGAGCUCCCUGAACGGGGAACGGGCCCGACGCUGCCCGAAAAGAAAUCGGGCCCGGGGUUCCCCAAACAGGGAACGGGGCUCCCCGAAAAGGAACCGGGCCCGGGGCUCCCCGAAAAGGAAUCGGGUCCGGAGCUCCCUGAAUGGGGAAUGGUCCCGGAGCUCCCGGAACAGGGAACGGGCCCGGAGCUCCCGGAACAGGGAACGGGCCCGGAGCUCCCGGAACACCGCCGGGCUCCGGGGGUGCGGGUUUCGGGCCGCAGCUCCCGCAAAACUCAGCCCCGUGUCCCGCAGGAUGCGCCGGGGGCCGGGGAUGGAGCCGAGAGGGACGAGGCGGUGGGAGAAGGUGGGGACAAGGACAAGGAGGAAAAGGAGGAAAAGGACAAGGAGGACAAGGACAAGGAGGAGGAGGAGGCUUUCCUCGUCAGCCUCUACAAGUUCAUGAAGGAGCGGCGCACGCCCAUCGAGAGGAUCCCGCACCUCGGCUUCAAGCAGAUUAACCUCUGGAAGAUCUACAAGGCCGUGGAAAAGCUGGGAGCCUACGAGCUGGUGACGGGCCGCCGGCUCUGGAAGAACGUGUACGACGAGCUCGGGGGCAGCCCCGGCAGCACCAGCGCGGCCACCUGCACCCGGCGCCACUACGAGAGGCUCGUCCUUCCCUACGUGCGGCACCUCAAGGGCGAGGAGGACAAGCCGCUGCCCCCCAGCAAACCCCGCAGGCAGUACAAGGUGUCCAAGGACGACAAGAGCAAGAGGGCCAGGAAGGAGAAGGGCCGAGAGCAGCUGGCUCCGGACAAGGGGCAGCCGGAGGCGGGCGCGGAGGAGGCGCCAGAGCGGAGCCGGGGGACAGACGGACGCUCCAGCCCGGCCAGCCCAGCCCCCAGCCCCUCGGGGGGGUGUCCCAGCCCCUGCAGGACCCACAGCGAGACCUACAAGCGCCUCUUCUCCAGCUUCUACUCCAAAGGGAACCAUCCCAUCAUGUCCCCGCUGGCCAAGAAGAAGCUGCUGGCGCAGGUGAGCAAGGCCGAGUCCUUGCACUGCCACAAACGCCACUGCCCCGAGGGCCGGCGGGCACCGAGCGACAGCGGCCCCGAGGCGGCCCGGCCGGGCAGCGGCCCCGGGCUGGCCGAGCAGAGGAGCGCGGAGCCGGCGGGAGCUCCGGACAGAGCUCCGAGCGAGGGGAGCGAGGCACCCCCGGCAGGCAGAGACAGCCAGGGCUGCCCGCGGGCCGAGGACGGGGGCGCGGCCCCCGCCGUGUUCACCGGCUACUUCCACGCCUACCGCAGCGAGGGGCUGCAGCCCGGCUGCCCCCCGCUCUGGGGGUACUUCUCCAACCUGAAGGAUUUUUUGGAGCCGCCCUUCGCCUUGGCGGCGCGGCCCGGGGAGCCCGAGCAGCCCCAGGAGCUGCGGAGCAAAGCGGGGCGAGCGUGGGAGGUCCGGCCGCCCGCUGUCCGGGGCUGCUGGGUGCCCCCCGGGGCCACCUUCGGCCCCGCCGGGCACGGCCGCGACCGGGAGGAGGAGGAGGAUGAGGAUGACGAGGAGGACGAGGAGCCCUUCACGUCCCGCGCCGUGUCCCCCUUGGCCAAGGAGCGCAGGGACGGGGGGACGCGCUCGCCGGGGGGCCACCGAGGGCUGGCCAAACCCAAGGCCGUGGUGGCCACCGCGGGUUUCGCCGCGCCGCCGCCGCCGGACGCUUUCCCGGGAGCCGCGCUGCAUUUCCCGGGCGGCUUCGGGAGCCCGCAGGAGCAGCUGAAAACGCGCGGCGUGCCCGCGGCCCCGGCGCUCCCCGCGAACCCGCUGCUGAUCCCGGCUUUCCCCAGCCCUUUGGUGGUGGCCUCCGAGCUGUGCCGGCCGCUGGCCACCGGCCGCUUCCCCGCCUCCUUCGGGGCGAGUUCGCCGCGGCCGCGGCUCUACCCGGCGGCUCCGUGGGGCUCCUGCGGCUCCCCGCACCCCGCCCGGCCCUAGCGCUGCCACCGCCGGGGACAGCGAGGGGACAGCCCGGACUGCGCCGUUUUUAUUCCCAAUCUCAGAGCUCUUCGUGGCCCCGCUGCCGGCGCCCCACGGUUCUCUAUAUUUUCUAUAUAUCGCACACAGAUCUAUAAAAAAAGGGAGCAAAGCCAGUGCUGGAGGUUUCUGUUUGUGCCGGGGGAUGGUUGUGCCCAUCCUGCCGUGCUCUCGGUCCCCACACCCAAAUUUGGGGUUUGUGUCCCCUCCAUGCCGGGCUCUGGAGGUUUUCAGGAGCCUGGAAAGGGGAAUAAACCUGCCUGGCUGGUCCCUA